AUGUUUUGAGAGGUUAGGUUUGGGGUUUUUGGCAUGUUUUGGUGUUUUUGAGCUUUAUGUUCCACUGUGUAAUUUUAGAAAAAUCAUUUCGAGUUUCAUAAAUUCAUAAUUUCUACAUAAUCACGGGAUUUGUGUUGCCACUUUAAAACAUUACUCCGCCCUUUAAUUUACGUGAAUCUAUAGUGCCCACAACUCGUGGAAAUGUUACUAACAACCCUAAGUGCUCACUGUUUCUAAUAUUUUCCUCUUAUAGAAGUCAUGUAUUUCCUCUAUCAUGCUUGAAAGAAAUAUGCUAAUCAAGUUCACUCAGAAGUUAUUGAAGGUUUCUUAUCCUUUUAGGAUAUCAACCUAUAACAAUCCAGAGAUUUCCUUGGUUCGGAGACAAUUCAGUGAUGCUAAAGAUCUAACUCAACAGCAGUCAUAUCAAUCCUCUUCCCCUGAAAAAUAUGAAUACAAAAGCCAAGAAGUUCCUAGGAUACCAGAAUGUAAAACAAAACUUUUGAAAAUUGCAAUUCUUGGAAAUCCAAAUGUUGGUAAAAGCACCCUUGUCAACCAACUUGUGAAGAGAACCGUUUUUGCUUGCUCCAAAAAAGUGCACACAACCAGGAGUUUAGCCAGAGCUGUAUUGAAUGAAGGAGACACUCAAAUAGUAAUUUUAGAUUCACCUGGCUUAGUGACAGCAACAGAAUCACAGAAAUUUCAGUUAGAGGGCAAUUUUAAAACUGAUGCUGAAAAAUGUAUUCAUGAAGCUGAUAUCAUUGGAGUUUUGCAUGAUGUUUCCACACGAGCCACCAGAGAUAGACUUGGACCUAAAGUGUUACGAAUCCUUCACCUGUAUCCAUCUAAGCAUUACAUCCUCAUUCUGAACAAGAUCGAUCUCAUACGCAAUAAACGGAAUUUAUUAAAAUUGACCGAUGCGCUGUCCAACAGAUCAGUGAGAGGCCAAAGGAAGGAGGAAUCUUUUAAGAAACAAGAGGAAAAGAGUGGAGGGUUAACAGAAAUGGUAAUUUUGAAGAGGAUCGAGAAUCAAGCUGGUUUCUCAGGCUUCAAGGAGAUCUUUAUGAUCAGUGCACUAGAUGGUGAUGGUGUGGAUGACUUGAGGAACUAUCUAUUGAGUCAAGCAAAGCCACGGCCUUGGAUUUUUUCAAGUGAUACUUUUACAGACAAGGAUCCAAAAAUGCUUAUUGAAGAAUCCGUGCGAUCCCACUUGUUGGAUUGUUUGCCAAAUGAAAUGCCAUACAAGAUAGAUGUUGAGCUGGAGUAUUUAGAAACAACUCCGGAAGAAACGUUAGUUGCAGUUGUUUUAGUCAAGUGUGACACUCCUCGUAUCGAAAGACUAGUCAAAGGGAAGGAAGGUGGUCGAAUCAAGGAGAUAGCAAUGAAAGCCCGACAGUCUUUGGCCAAUACCUUCUUAACAGUUGCCAGAAUAAAACUUAUCGUCACAUCAAAGAACCGUACAGAAGAUCAAAAGGAACGAGAAACUCUCUCUGUUUGAUUACAAACAAAAAAUUUUCAAAGCAUGUAUUGAUGAUCUUCAAAAGAUAUUUCAUCUCAAAAUACACUUCGCGGAAAUUAACAAGCAGUAAGAAAUUUUGACUUAUCAUUCUGCGUUUUUUCCCCCUCUAAAAAAGUAUUUGUGUCUCUAAAAUGUUUUGAUUGAAAUGAAUACUAGAAUUUCAUCACCACAUGAAAUUGAAAAUAGCUGCACAAUGAGCUUUCCUUCUUUUCUAAUUGAUUCUGUUGUAUAUUUAAUUUUUAACUUAGCUAUUUUCUUUCAGAAGGCACCCAUCAUGGCUGUUUUUAUUUGUUGAUUCUCGGAACUUUAUAUCUUUGGUACAUAUUUUGUAAUUAUAACCUAAUUUCUGUUAAAAAAUCUGAAUUUAAUUUCCUGACAACUAAUAAGUUCAUGCAUAAUAUGCAUGUAUCCUGUAAGUAUCAUAUCUGUAGGAGUGGAUUCUAUACUCUAAAGGAGGAAUCGUUAGGAUUAGAAAUUCAGUACCUAGUAAAGCAAAAACCAAACACACACGACUCAUUAAUUUUAAAAGUAAAAAAUGUUUGUACAUAUUUGUAUCAGCAUAAAAAGUUCUUUGCAGA